AUGAGCACGGUAUGCCACCUCAUAUUUGUGUACGGGACGCUGCAGCGGGGCGAGAACGACUACCCGUACUGGUUGGCUGAUGAGGCUGAGGCCGUCUUCGUGGCCCGUGCACGCACUGUCAGUCGUUACCCCUUCUUUGUGAGCCUUCCCCCCGACCACUCCGAGUGCUUGCCAUGUGUCCUGAACUUCCCUGAUUGUAACGUGUCGGGGUGCGCGCAGGUCGAGGGCGAAGUCUAUUUAGUCUCAGCGAAGAUGAAAGCGUGGCUUGAUGUACUGCAGGACAUCGCCGGUGGGACGCACGUGUCUGUGCCCACGCCGGUGGAGCUGUGCGAGGCUCCAAGCGCGUCAUUUCGGGCACGCGGCGGAUCCACAGCGGCGUCCCUCACGUGGCCAGGGACGGUGGCAGGGGAGGCGGUGACAGUGACUGCUGCCUUGUACUUCAGCGCCAAGGGGUACCCGGAGGACUGGUCAUCGCCGACCCCCCGCAGCAGCUCCCAAUUGAUUUCCAAGUUCUCGGUUGCCAGCAUGUUACGUCUCUAUGGCGACCGCUUCAACGGGGGCGUGCCAGCGCAUCUCAGGGAGACCCAGAAUUCGGCCAAGGCAAAAGUCAUGCAGGCGGAACUGAAUGCGCUGCCUGAGGCGUAUUGGCCGCCCUCUACGAUUGCCUACCGCGCUGCCACCGCCAAGGCCCGCGCGGCUCAGGCGGAUGAGGAGCACACGAGCGAUACGCCGCUCAUUCCGUGCCACGGUGCCCCACUCUUCCCCAAACCGAUGAUUCUUUUCAUCAUCGACGGCAUCGGCGACAAUACAUACCGCGAGCUGGGCGGUCGCACACCUCUGGAGGUGGUGGCAGGCGUGCCGGUUCCGUCGCUGUCUGAGUAUUCCCCUGCCAGAGAGUCUGCUUUAGCACAUUCGCUGAGUGUGACGGAGGAGAUGCUCGUGGACAGUGCUGCUGCUGGUGCUGCGUUGUGCGAGACGGUCAACGAGCAUGUUACCCCUGGAAUCAAUGUCGUGACCCGGCACGGCGUUAGCGGUCUCAUGGAUCCCUACAUGGCUGGGAAGAGCUGCGGCAGCGACACGGCUCACCUCAGCAUAUUCGGGUACCCUCCCACCACGUACUACCGUGGCCGUGGCGCCUACGAGGCACUAGGGGCUGGGCUAGAACUGGAGGACGAGGACGUCGCCUUCAAGGGUAACUUCGCUACCUUUGCAGACCGAACUGAGGAGCUGUGGGGCGACGAGGACCCCGCGCUGGAGGCGAAGGCUGUGUUGUCGACGUCCUCAGCACACCAGUAUGUCACCCACCGCCGGUGUGACCGCGACUUCGCGGCCGAGGGCCCGGUGCUUUGCAACGACCUCAACGGCACAACGGUGGCCACUGACCUGCAUGGCAUUCCGUUCGAGUACCCCCACACCAUCAAGAUGUUGUACGCUACGGAGCACCGCUGUGGAGUGGCGCUGAGCGGGGCGCGGCGAGUCGUGCGCGCGGACGGGUCGUCGGAAGUGCUCGGCAUGCUGUCUGACAAGAUCACCGGCACAGAUCCACUCAUGGACGGGCAAUUGCUGCUGCAUUGCAAGCCAACGGUGGGAGAGGGCCACCCCGAGUACGCCGCUGCGGCCUACACGUGUCGGCUUGUGGAGGCUGCCUCAGCUGUCUUGACGCGCAGGCUCAAGGCACAUCCGGUGAAUGAGGCUAGGCGCCAGCACAACCGCGCCGUCGCCGCGAGGCUCGCGGAUGAAGCGGGUACGAGUGGCUCAAACACCGUGGCGCGCAAGAACGUGGCAAACCUCGUCUUGUUCCGUGGGGCUGCCAAGAAGGGGUGGGUGCCGACGUUCGUGGUGCGCCACGGCCUUCAUGGGCUGAUCCUAGCACCGACCUGCAUUAUCAAAGGACUGGGCAUCUGCUGUGGGCUGCGCGGUGAGGUGUGUCACGCAUGCGACCCGACCGGGCAAGAGUCUCUCCGUGGUGCCACUGGUGACUACCACUCGGAUCUCAUGGUCAAGGUGAGGGCCGCAUUGCACGCGCUGCGAAUCGAGUGCCCGUUAUCGCACGAGGCCGCGGUGACAGCUGCCCUGCAGUCGACGGCUAUGACAACACAGCAGGCAAGCCGCAUAAUUGACCCACAGUACAACUUUGUGGUGAUUCACGUCAAGGGUGUCGACAACGCUGGACAUGACAGGAACCUCAAGCUCAAGCUGGAGAUGCUUCGGCGGUCUGGGCUGGCGAUGGAGGCGCUAUGGAGUGCGCUGCCUGCGGGAGCCACCAUGGCCGUCAUUGCAGAUCACUCCACUCCGCUGGGACUUGGCGACCACUGCUGUGAGCCGGUGCCGGUAUCGGUGGCUGUCAAGCGGACGACCUCUGAUGGCGUACUCUCCGCGUUCCCGAUCGACGGCGUCGAGUACUACAGCGAGAUGAUGGUCACGUCAGGAGCGCUGGGUCGUUUCCGCGGUGACGAGCUCAUCCCUCUCAUGAAGCGCGUGCACCACCACUAUCACUACGUCUAA